CGUCGCGAUGCCGGCGGCGUCGAGGAUGUAAACGUGUAGUCUAUCCGGAGAUCUACGUAAGAGCGCGAGUUUAUGCCAACGGUAGCGUUCACGUCAGAUCCUCUUGGGGUACGGUGUGUUAAAAAAUGUAAAUGUCGAAAAUUGGACAUGAUCGAACCAUUUCUAGUGCCUCCUGAACGAAACGCACCAUUGCCACGGGGAAACGCCACCCCCGUCGUAUUCACGAACAUGUUCGAAGGUUGUAAUGUAUACUAGGCCCAAGGGCGCCACAUGAUGAGUAGUCAGGAUGAAACAGCCAGCCUAUUAGUAGGCCAGCCGUCUUUGACGGGUGCAUCGUCCCCAGCCAACUGUUCCAAACCCGUAUUAAUGCGGCAAGAAUGCACGACGUUUCUAGUUUCAUCGCAACAUCCUCAUCUCUCGGUAUUUUCCGACAGCGAGGAGGACGGUUCAUUGUGUUUGGAGGAGAACAGCACUAGGUCGGUGCCGGAUAUUGAACUGCAUUGCAGAUUGGACGUAAAAGGAUGCAAACAAAAUCUAUCGUCUCACCCAACGCGAAAUCGGAGUGCAUCGAACGCAUUCCAAUUGGCGCCUUAUUCUUCGACAUCGACAUCAGCUACAGGGACGAGGGGUGUUUUGGAACAGCGACGUACCUCUCAGACACCGGCCUCGAAUUUAAAGAUAGUGAGGUCGGUAUCGAGAGAAAGUGUGCGUUCGGUCCAUCAUUGUACCUGUCCUUGUCUGAACGCUCCGGUGUCAUGCAGCUCGUGUCCAGUCGCCCCCGCGUCGAUAGUAACCGCCCUUCCAGGCUCUAGAGUAAUUCGACAAAGUUCACAACCGGAAGCGUCAGUCGCCCCAUGUUGCGCAACAAGUUGCGCACACCAUUCUGGGGCGGCUGCCCAUCCAUCUACUUCCUUAAGACAACUAAGAGACCACGGAGAAGGAGGAAUCGCGGGCAUUGCUGCCGAUUCGUUAAGAAUCAGCGGCGCUAUGCGUAAUUUCCGUCAGGGCUCUGGCAUGCUGUCUUCUUCUCAGAUGAUGGCGCAGGCGCGGAGGACGAGACUCAAGCGUGCUCUUACAGAAGUCACCAGCGAUACAGUUUCCUAUGUUAAAACGUUGAGAAAGCCUGUUUCCACUCUAUCCAUUCCUGGGGCGGUGAAAAACUCCAGCAGGGAUUCGGCUGGAGGUAAAAUGCAACAGGAAGAGGGAACUGGAGUGGCCUUAGGUGACUACCCAAGGUUCAUGGAAGACCGAACAAUAGGCACAGGCUACAAAGGACCAUCGUCUGGUAGCUUGAAGCACAAGCCUAACGUGGGUUAUAGGUUAGGAAGGCGCAAGGCCCUAUUCGAGAAACGAAAAAGGAUCAGCGACUACGCUUUAGUUAUGGGGAUGUUCGGAAUUAUUGUUAUGGUUAUAGAAAAUGAACUUUCAAGUGCCGGAGUUUAUCGUAAAGAUGAAUUUUAUUCAAUUGCGCUCAAAACUUUGAUAUCUGUAUCGACUGUGAUUCUAUUAGGCCUCAUCGUAGCCUAUCACGCUUUAGAAGUUCAGCUUUUCAUGAUAGAUAACUGCGCGGACGAUUGGCGGAUCGCGAUGACGUGGCAGCGGAUAUGUCAAAUUUCCAUGGAGUUAAUCAUAUGUGCGGUGCAUCCGAUACCUGGACAUUAUAGAUUCGUGUGGACUACGAAAUUAGCAAAUAAAAAUGGCGGUAUUGGUUCAAAGUGCGUUCCGUACGACGUGCCGCUGUCUUUGCCGAUGUUCCUUAGACUUUAUUUAAUCUGCAGAGUGAUGUUGUUGCAUAGCAAACUAUUUACGGACGCAUCGUCGCGCAGCAUCGGAGCAUUAAAUCGGAUAAACUUUAAUACGCGAUUUGUGCUCAAAACAUUAAUGACCAUUUGUCCGGGUACUGUGCUGUUAGUGUUCAUGGUUUCCCUUUGGAUCAUCGCCAGUUGGACAUUGCGACAGUGCGAAAGAUUCCACGAUGAGGAACAUGCGAACCUUCUAAAUGCAAUGUGGCUUAUCGCGAUUACCUUUCUCAGUGUGGGAUUUGGUGACAUCGUCCCCAAUACAUACUGCGGAAGGGGUAUAGCAGUAAGCACGGGUAUAAUGGGAGCAGGGUGUACAGCAUUACUAGUAGCGGUAGUAUCUAGGAAAUUAGAACUCACGAGAGCCGAAAAACAUGUUCACAAUUUUAUGAUGGACACACAGUUAACGAAACGGUUAAAAAAUGCAGCAGCGAACGUGUUGAGAGAGACGUGGUUAAUUUAUAAGCAUACAAGGCUAGUGAAAAGAGUGAACCCCGGCCGGGUUCGGACUCAUCAGAGGAAAUUUCUGCUUGCGAUUUAUGCAUUAAGAAAAGUUAAAAUGGACCAAAGAAAAUUAAUGGACAACGCCAAUACAAUAACGGAUAUGGCCAAAACACAAAACACCGUUUACGAAAUAGUUUCCGAUAUGAGCACGAGGCAAGACACUCUGGAAGAUCGGCUUACUAACGUGGAAGAAAAAUUGUCUGCCCUCCAAGAACAGUUAGAUCUUCUUCCCGAUUUAAUUGCCGCACGAAUACAAACUCAGCAAGAAAAAAUCGAACAGCGACGUAAUUUUCUUCACCCAGAAUCGGCUGCCGGACUUCAACAAGCAAGAAGCGUCCCCCCCGCUUGCCCCUGGCCCGGUCCUGCUUCUAUGUCGCCUCUGGGCAGAGCUGCCACCUCAAGCGCCGCGCAAAGCUAGGAUUAAGCGUUUCGUAUUUUGAGUAGAACCUCCAAAAAUUUUCCUUUUUUCUCGAGGGAUGUUUCGGUACUUACUUGGAGCGAAAUUUAAAUUUGUAGGACAAGUCUAAAGACUGACCAAACGCGAUUAUUUACCUAGCAAGGCCGAAAACGAAGAUGGUGGACACUGGAUGCGGGAUACCAAGGUAAUUUCAAGGACACGUAGCAUUAGCAUUUUUUCAACUUAUGGUUUAUACAAACACGAAUUGAGGGUCAAAGUUUCGAAACUCGUCUUCCAUUGUGAAUGCGUCGUUUGUAUACAUAGUGUUGCUGAAAUUCAAGCCAAACGCGCUUACUAAAAAUCACGCGGAGCAAAAUAACCGAACAAUAUACCGAGUAAGCUUAUUGGAUAAUUAUAUUCUGCUUAAAAAAGUUGCUUUUGUUCAAAUUUCUCUUUCCCUUUUCCCUCCACUUUUAGCGAUUUGAAUCUUGAUAAACGAAUGACUAAAAUAAAGAUUCAUUCUAAUUUGACGUUUCUCAAAACUCUCUCGAGCUUUUAUUAUGGGUCAUAUUCCAUCCUUGCUAGCGGCUCGUUUUUUUAAUCAGCAGUAGGAAAUUAAAAAGUAGCUCCCUCUCCACGCCCCUUCCUGGUGGAUUAUCCACCCAUUCCCUGUGGGAGAGACAGAGGAUAACGACGAAACACAAUUCGGCUGUAUUUUAACGAAUAGAUUUUUUUUUAGCCACUGAAAGUAAGUACUCUCACAUCCUGCUCUCGAAAAACAUUAAGCUUAUGUAUCCGCGAUAUAAUAUAUGGGGAGCCGCGAGACACGAAUUGUGUUUGACGCCCCGUAUACAUAGAGACAUAUCAUUUGAUUUUAGGCUAAACUGGUGCUGAUAUAAUUCUUAAGUGGAUACUGAAUACGAAUUUAUAGAGCCAGAUAAUGCAUGUUCCAAUUUUAAGGUAGGCUUAACGGGAGAUUUAUCAUAGGUAAUAGUUAUUUUAUAUCGUUAGCGUUUAGAUAUUGGGCUUGAAAGCUUUAAAACGUUAUCGUAGAAGUAUAUCGUUACUGCGCAAGUGCUGAUUUAGUGAAUUGGAUUUUGUACCGUUUUAAAUUAUUUUUUGCCUACUAACGAAUGAUUAUUAAUAGUUAAGCGUUUUUAUAUAUUUCUCUAGUAGACUAUUACUACGCGUAAAGAGGACACAUUUUCUAAGUAGGUAUGUAAGCUUAUUGUUUUUAAAGACGAACUGUAUAGAAACCUAUAAAACUCAUUUUAAUUAAAAUUUUAGGAAAAAUAAUCGACAAAGUAUGAUAAUUAAACAUUUUUAGAACCUUAAUUAUUGUAUAAAAUAAAUAUACAGUAUUAGCCGUAAUAAUAAUAACAAAUUUAAAAAAACUGUUUAAUUCAAGUAGCAUAUAGUGUUUAACGAAUUAACAAAAAUAUUCAUAAUUCUAAACGGAUUAAUACUAUAAUCAUAUAACAAACCCAUCACCAUUGACAAAACAAACUAUCGUCCUGUGGACACACCAUAUACCAUAUACAUAUUUUUAGUGUAUGUAUAGCUAUCUCCAUCUAAUCCUAGGAAUAAUGAGAGGCAAAUUUGAAAAUUUACGUACCGCCUCCUUAAUAGUCACUGUUUGAACUAAUAAAUAAUCAAAAAGUAACAUAAGAUUCUACACAAAACUGCAACAUUGGGACAUAUUCAAGUGCCAAUAUAAGUAAGUAACGUAACAAUAAUAAUUAACCUUUACCCUAGGAAAUGAAUUAUGUGCCAUUCUGUGCCAGAUAUAAAGACGCCACAAUGUAGUUUUGUACAAAAGUCGGAAUGGAUGCAAAAAUAUUUUUAAUACUUACUUACCAGAUAUAAUGUGCGAAUUCAUAUUACUUUAUAGGGGUUGUUUUGAAACAUCACAAAACGAACGCAAUCAAAAUAAUAAGAAACAUGCAAUCCACCUCACGAAGCAAGACAAAACAAUCUCUAUACCGUCUAAUUUGUUUUAUAUGAUUAUAGUAUUUCUACAUAAUCAACGACAAGGGCACUAGCAUAAUAAUACACGAUAUUAUUAACAUCAUAUAAGACAAUUCAUGCUUUUGUUGUUUAACAACGUUAUGUAUUCGCUAAAGAUGGAAUGGCAUAAUUACCUCAAUGGGUUGCUAAACUUGGUUAAUUAGGAAUAUGUAAUUUUAUUAUCUCAAGAUUUCCCCUUUGGAACCGGGGGCGUGGAACAUACGAACCAACUAGGUAUCACGUAUUUUAUGUAACUUACAAACGCCAUUUCAUGUUUAACAUUGCUUUAUUUGACAUUCCAAAUCGAAUACGUUUUUUUUUUUAAAUAACGCCGAUAUGGAUGAACGAAAUUAAUUUCAACCGACACUUUUACCAAAUCUGUGUCUACCGUUUCAGCAACUAAAAUUCAACGAGAAAUAAAAAAUACACGAGCAUUGUACGUUCUGCUUUUAUAAGUUGUCGUUCCCAAGGCAUUGGCACAACGUUUUUGGAUAAAUUAGCAUUACAAUAUAGUGAACUGUUUUUCGAAAAAAAGUGUAGCGUAUAGUCUAUUUUUUUUUGUCUAUAGUCCUCUAAAAUAUAAAGUUUAAAUGAAUCCCCUUAAAGAACAUCCUUUCAAGGAGUUAUUUAUAACCAUAUGGUACUUCCAAAAGAAAUGUCAGGUUUAACGCAAUAUGCAAACUUGACACUCCAUUAUUGCCCAGUGUUUUAUUUUACACCAGCUAUAGACUUGUGCUUAAUGAUAGAAAAUGGACAUUGAUUUGUAAAUAUGAUUAGUUUGCGAUCCAGUUUCCGAAGUAAAACACUGGUUCAACUUAGUAAGAAUAAAAUCGGUGGUUAUAUACUGGUGUGAUAUAGUGUACGGUGCACCUUAAAGCAUUAAAAAUAUUUCAGAGGUCCAAAUUGUUAGAGUUUUUCUGCAAUUUCACAAGUUUUAUAAACAUAUAUUAUAUAGUUUAAUAUAUACCUAAAUAUACAAAACAUAAAAUAUAUUAUAUCUGCAUAGUUAGCCUGUUUUGAAUUCCUUAGUGUUGUUAUAUAUUUUCGAAAAAAAAAUGCAGUUACAUGUUAUCCUACUCAACGAAUAAACUACUAGUUUCAUAGAUACGAUGUGUUUUGUUUUUUAAUUUUUCAUCACACUGUUUUUU